CUUCUUACUCGUCGGCUGCGUGGCUCAGUCGGCGCGGCUCGUGAUGGAGCUCCAUCCCGCAGCAGGUCUGCACGCACACCAGCGGACCCCGCUUGAUCUGCGCUAAAAGCGGCCCCUCCGCCACAAGGACUUCUUUCAUUCAUCUUUCAACUUCUGCUUUUUUUCUUACUCUCCAUGUUUGUUCGAGGGGGGCACUACGACCAUUGGUUUUACAACAUAAAACAGCACGUUUCCCUGGUUGUUUAGCGACGUUUUGUUUAUCUGUAGCGAGCAUAAUAAGAGCUUUUGUGAUCGUUUUUCGGAGGGGGAGUAAUAAGAGCCUUUUGGAGAGUAACAAGAUUUUCUUGGAGCGUAAUACGAGCUUUUUGGGUCGUUAAACACACCGCUGGUAGGUUCAUCGAGUCAGCUAUGUGGCCCCUUUGGCCCCACCGACGUGCUUGUCUGAGGUGAGGGGACAUAAAGACGUGAGCUGCCAGGUGAGGUGAGCUUAUCAUGGGCUGAGUUCUUUUUAUUCCCCGAAGGCUGGGCACUGAGGACUGCACACAUAUUUUUUUUUUGAUUAUCUACGUUCUAUUAUCUCAAUUUUAAGUGUUCGAUUGAUCAUUUCCAGGGAGUUCGUGCUAGCCUAGAUUAACUUGCUCGAGGCAAGUUGUAAAUUUUCUUGUGUGUGUGUGUGCGUGUUGUUUUUUUAAACACUGGAGUUUCGUCAUAAGUCGUUCAACAGCUAUUACUUUUUUUUCAAUGACAGCUGUCACUUUUUUUGCGGUUUCAUGAUUAAGUAACCGUGUGUAAUUGUCGCUUUGUGAUUUGUCGUUGAGUCUAGCCUAUUUUUUUAAAUGUGCUUUGGGGGAGAAGUAUUUGUUUAUCGUGGUGGCUUUAACUCUGACGCACGCGUUCACGACCAGGGUUUAGUAUUGCCUUUUCGUUGCAGUCUCCCUUCCCUUUUGGAGUUUUUUUUUUUCACCCCACAGUCUCACUGCCCCCUCGGCCGUUCAGGGACUCUCUCUCCCCCAGCCUCUCUUCGGACAAUGUGGCUGUCUCGUUUGGCUCUGCUGCUCCUUCUCCGGCUGUCCGUCGCGCUGGUCAAGGGCAUCAACACUUGUGCCUUCAUCAAUUUGGACGAGCAGAAGUCGCGGCGCAUCGAGGCGGUGCGCGGGCAGAUUCUCAGCAAGCUGCGCAUCCAGAGCCCGCCGGAAGACGACGACGAGGCGAGGGCGACGGCGGCCGGCGGCGGCGCGGUCCCCGCGGAGGUCAUGUUGCUGUACAACAGCACUCGGGAGCUGCUGAAGGAGAGAGCGCGUCUCGCCGACUCGACGUGCGAGCGGGAAAGCAGCGAGGAGGACUACUACGCAAAAGAAGUGCAGAGGAUUGACAUGCUGCCGCAGCGUACCCAAACUAACGCGGUGCAGCCGUUGCCACUGGACCCGCAUUACAGGAGCGUCCUGUUUGACGUGAGCAGCGUGGACCUGACGAACAGCACGCUGGUCAAGGCUGAGUUCAGGAUCUUCCGAGCCCCCAACCCGCAGGCCCGGGCCUCUGAGCAGAGAGUGGAGAUCUAUCAGCUGCUGAAGCCGGAUGAGGAGAGCACGUCCACGCAGCGCUACAUCGACUCUCGCACCGUUCAACCGCGGGCGAGAGGUGCCUGGAUCUCCGUGGACGUCACCGAAACCGUCAAAGACUGGGUGUCGGAUCCAGGAAACAAUCUGGGCUUGAAACUGGGCGUCCACUGUCCAUGCUGUACCUUCGUCCCCGCCACCAACAAUAUUGUGCCCAACAAGAGCGAGGAACUGGAGGCUCUUUUUGCAGGCGUGGACGACGAGCAGCUGCGCCAGCUGAAGAAGCAGAGCCAGGUGAAAGGUCAGGCGGAUUUCAGCAGCAAGACGCCUCACCUCAUCCUCACCCUGCUGCCCAGCGACCGAGUGGACAAUCCGGCCAAGAGGAACCGCAAGAAGAGGGCGGCGGCCACAGACGCUGCCACCUGCUCGCGUGGCUCCGAUUCGGGCUGCUGCCUACGCUCGCUCUACAUUGACUUCCGGCGCGACCUCAACUGGAAGUGGAUCCAUGAACCCAAAGGUUACAAGGCCAACUUCUGCGCCGGCAACUGUCCUUACCUCUGGAGCGCCAACAACCACUACAACAUGAUCCUGCCACUGUACAACAAGCUGAACCCUGAAGCGUCGGCGUCACCCUGCUGCGUCCCCCAGGACUUGGAGCCCCUCACCAUCAUGUACUUCAUCGGGCGCAGCCCCCGUGUGGAGCAGCUCUCCAACAUGGUGGUCAAGUCCUGCAAGUGUCGCUAGAAACCAACACCCCCCCCCACCCCGCUACCCCAUUCCGAACUCUCCGUUUGAGACUGUAAAUAAGUUCACAUCCAUAUAGUGCAAAUGGAAAGUAUUCACAGCACUUCACUUUGUCCACGUUUUGUUAUACUUUAAUUCACCCCCCCCCCAACCCCCCUCCUCAAAACUCCCUAAGUGAAGCAGUGAAUAUUUUCCGGAUGCGUAAAAUGAACAUGCUGUAAUAAACUUUGACAGUUCUUCCACAUACGUCUCUUAGCAAAGGAUUCUUUUAUGUCCACUGUUGCUUGUGACUGUUUGUACUGUAGCUAGACAAGAGGAAGAAAAAGAAAGAGAGGAGCCGUGUCCAAGCGAGCGAGCCGACGGCCUGCCAGCUCGCUGCGGUCCGGGCCUCAAAUGUGCCAUGGCGUAAACAGGAUGCGAACGCUUUUUCACAAAAAAGGCAACCAUUUAAAACGCCUUCUCCUGCUCCUCCUCUGUUGCUGCUUCUGGGAUUUGUGGCGGGAGGAGAGAGCGAGAGAUGCCCUUUUGAGAGCCAGACGUGGGACGGACGACGGGGCGGAAUUUGUCUGGAAGGUGGCGGUUUGCAGCCCCGGCGCACUUCCUAGCGUUUUUGGGGUCUGGCAGCCUAAUGACGCUGACGUGCUUCUUUUCUUCUGCAUUCAUUAUCUUACUGAUGGUUAUGCUGUCUCUCUCUGUUGCCUUGUGGUUGACCUUCUCGAUGUCUCACACAUACACACAUAAAAUAUUCUGUACUUGUUGACCACACUUGAAAUUGUGCAAAUAAAAAAAAAAUAUUUCCGGG